AUGAACUUCUACUUGCUGUUGUUGUUUUUCGGGUUGGCUUCUACCGCGAAUCUUUGGGUUGACCUCUGGGCAAAUCAUCUGAAGCAUGGGUUAAUGAGAUAUGGAAAACUACAAACAGCAGCUAUCAUAAGUCUGCAGAAUGGCGCACUCGUUGCGGGCCCAGCUGGAGUCAAACUUACCAACCUCGAAGGUCGAGAGCUGGCUUCCCAUUUUGCUGAGAAUAAAUACUGGGAAACCAAAAAUGGAAACGUUACAGUGUUUGGAAAGAAUUAUGAGGUGACAAAGUAUGAUUACCCGGAUAAAAUUCUGGCAAAAGGUGAUGUGGACUCGGUGAUAUUGGCAAAAAAUAAAAUGACCCUUGUCAUCGCUGUCUACAACUUUUUGACGACGGCUGCAGAGGCCGAGAAGCUUGUCGACGAUUUCGUGGAGUAUAUAAGAACAUUGGGAUAU